GCUUCAAUACGGUCGUGUACAGCACGAGCUGGGCCGAUAUACUCAAAGUCACGCCUACCACUCUCAAGGUCGCUUUCAAUGUCGCUAGCAAUUCCUACACGACAAGCAAGGACUAUCCUGGCUUUCCGGCCUGUCGAAAAGCCUGCAAUGCCAUGUGGCGAGGUGUCGCAGAAUGGUCAAUAAAGUCAAAAGAAUGGCAUUACGACGAGGCUCAGAGGACCGGAACGGCGCUCUGUCACGCCAACGGCUGUCCGCAGAUCCUUCACUAUCGGGAGGAUUGCACGGCGUACUAAUACCAAUGCAUCAUGCGUUGGCACGGCGACCAAUUGGUCUGGAUGGCGUCUCGCGAGUGCCUCCUCGUCAACAACCUCCUCUUUUGCGGUCGUCACCUGUGUUCUCUAGCCGCCAUGCACCAACAGAUGCGCUCCGUACUGGCUCUGUCCGCUUUCGUCGCUGCGAUCUAUGCGGCUUCGACAGCGCCGGCCAGACUUGUUGAGGUACCCAAAACGAAGCCCAUGUGGGAGGGUCCGACAGACUUCUGGUCCAAUUCCGCUCUUCAAGUCACUUUCGCACUGGACUGUCCCUAUUUGGAUAUUGUGGCGGUGGGCGAAGGAGGAUUGAGCCACUAUACGGCUACCUUUAACACGCUCAUACCCAAGAAACCGCUUGCAAAUGGCCUUCUCAACUGCACCAUCGAGAAAGAGAAUUCGGGCUUCGAUACGAAUACUCCCUCGACCUCGUGGGCAGACGUUACGCAUGUGACGCCGAACGCAGUCACCGCCAAAUUCAAUGUCGCUGCGAUCGUGCAUGCCGCGAAUGAUAAGUAUCCUGCCUGUACGAAAAAAUGCGUAGCGUGGUGGUCCGGCAUCGCCACCUUCACCACGCGUUCGGGCGUCUGGCAAUGGGAUAGGGAUGGAAAGAAGGGACAAGCCACCUGCUGGUCAGCAGACGCAUGCCCCCAGAUUCUGGGCCACAAGGAGACUUGUACGGCCCAUUGACGCGGUUCAUGGAGAUGCAAUACGUUCAUACAUCCC